AUGUCUUUUUGGCGCUGGAUCAUGCUGCAAAAAUAUGCGGCCCAGGCGGUGACACUCUCUUCCCUUGUCCUGCGAGGCGUCAUCGAUCUACAAGCGACUAUAUGCACUGCGCUCGUGGCUUCAUUGAUGCUGGAAGCAAGGGAUGUUGUCAUUUCUGAGGUGGCAUUCUUUUCUGUCAUCAGGGCAGUCAACGGUGGCCCAUUUGACCUGGCAGAAAAGCUGGCGAAGACCCCGAAGAAGUUUUUCCGAUCAUUGCCGGCCUUCAUGCUUCUACUACUCCUUGUCACCACACUCGCUUCGCAAUUGACAUCGACUUUGCUUCUGGCCGACUUCAGAGAUGUUGCUCUCCUCGACAAUUCUGUUUCCGUCCAAACACCGAUCAUUGAAGCUCAGCCAGAACUGCUGUUUCCCCCGGCUAACAGCACCAAUAUGCGAUCAUUCUCGAACGUCUUCCUGGCUCUGAACACUGCUGCCAAUGCUACCGAUGUGAUGAACUUCGACGUCACCAGCGGUCCAGGUGGUACAGAUGCAGAUGUUACCGCCAUGAUCGCCAAUUUCUCCGGGCCUCUCUACGGCCCAUCCGUUCCUGAACCUACUGGUAAUGGCGAAUGGAGUUCAUAUGAGUUCAGCCCAGAAAAUGUUUUCAAUUUUACUGUCUGUCAGUCAGCAUUCCCAAUUGAUCUGGAGAACAUCACUUCAGACAGCGCCAACAGUACUCGGGAGCCAACUUUGAACUUUGACUCCCCUACAAGGUCGUGGGUUACCGAAGGCAUCUUGAGACUUAUGGGCGUGGGCAUUCAUCGCGACGACGCGAGCCGCGGGAUACUCAAAAUCACAAAUUCGACCAAGCUUACAGACGCAGAGAUUCAGGAGAUGUUCCCGUCCUCCAUCAAUUUCGAAUAUCUGUCGUCGCUGGGCAUAGGCACUGUUUUCUCAGACCAGUUCAUAAUUCAGAUGGUUCACAAGGUGAAGGGAGGGGUCCUCACUUCGCAAGGGCCUCAGAACUUCCCGGUCUAUUUCUGCCCAUCCUGCGACCUGAACGGGAACUUUUUCGAUCCCAACCCUUCCUUUUCCACCUUGUUCCAAGCAGCUCUUGAGAAAACAGGGUCCGUGGCGCCAGCCUAUCAGUCUGUCAUCUUCUGGCUCGCACAGGCACAGUACUACCGGGCUCUGCCAGGCUUUGACUUUGGCACCAACUCCAGCAUUGUGUACGCCAAGAAUGUGAGCAUACCAGAUAGCUGGAUUGGACUGAUGUGUGUCACUGUUAUCUUGCUCGUCAACAUGACCUGUGUUGUGGUCAUAUCAUGGCUGUUCCUUCAUCGCACGAGACACUCUACAUACGGCGACAUAUGGCACACUAUUGCCCAGAUCGUUUCUCCGGACACUCGCAACUUGAUCGACAGGGCUACCAGGUCAACAGAUGAUGAUGUGAAGCGGACACUGAAGGAAGCUGGGUCGUCAAAGAUGAGCGCUGGACUGUACAGGAUGCAGUCUGGCCGGGUGGUCGUGCUCAGAAAUAACGCUCCUUUCAGGCAUAUUGGAGUGGACUAA